GUAGAUUGCAAUCAUUAACUUCAAUUUUGGCCAAUAAAUAACAAUGCAUAUAAGAAAGAAGAAACCGCACUACCUUCAACACCAUAUUCUAUACACGUUUUUCUUGUAUCUCCUGCUUUUGGUGAGUGCCAAAUGGGUCUCACUUCCAAUUUUCCACAUUGAUGUCCUUACAAUUUUCACACUACUUGAUAUUUAAUACCUAUGCACACGCGUGAUGAACAAGAAUUUAUCAGAACCAUGAUUCAUGCUGAAAAACAAAAAUCUGAAACAGAAACACCAACCCACUGCCAAAGUUUUGGGACCAUAAUGAAGACGUCUCAGGAUUGAGAGGACCAAAGAAAAAUUAAAUCAGUGAAGGCUGACGCGGCUCCCAUCCCAGGCCUCAAGAAACUUCGGAGCCAUACCUAAGCUGCCACCAGGCACCACCUCCUUCGCCACCCGUAAAAUCUAAAGACACACGUGUCAUUCUCCAGAUUAAUCCUCUUCUGUCCCCGUGAAAGCUUCCAUCUUCGCCACUUUCCUCAAUAUUUUUUCUCUCUAUUACCAUCAAUCAUUUGUCACCCUCUCUUCAUAUUUCUUACACGUGUCUCACACGUGUAAGCCCAUCUUCAACCUGUCCAAUUAGAGUUAACAUUUCUGGUGGUUAGCGCCACUUGAGGUCUUAAGAUGGUCCUCACCCUGACCCUCCCCUGUUUUAAUGUAUUUAACUAUUUAUCCCCAACACCUAACUUGUUCGUUUCAGGCUGCUGAAGCUCUUUCUCUCUCUCUGCUUCUUUUCUUUUUAUGUGGAGGCAAAUUGCUUGCUUCUUUGGUUUCUUCUCUUCCACUUCUUAGCAAUCUAGCAACGGAAGGUGAUUUUCCUUCGUGGGUUUUCUUCGUAUGGGGCUCUCAAGUUUUCCUAGUGCAUCUGAAGGGGUGCUUCCGGUGCUGGUUAUGAACACGGUUCUAUCUGUGGCUCUGUUGAAGAACAUGGUCAGGUCUGUUUUCCAAGUGAUGGGUGCUAAUUGGACUCUUGAAAAUUACGAGCAAGACGAAGACCCAGAUGAGUAUCCUCAAGAACAUGCAGGAGAGAGAAGAAUAUCGAUAACCCAGUUUAAGUCCUUGACCAACAAUAGUGGAAGUGGCAGUGAUGGUGGUGGUGAGAGUGGUCGGAGAGGUGGUGCUACGGUGGAAUGUUGUGUGUGUCUAUGUAGAUUUGAAGCUGACGAGGAGGUGAGUGAACUGUCUUGCAAACAUUUCUUCCACAAAGGGUGCUUGGACAAGUGGUUUGACAAUAAACAUAGUACCUGUCCUCUUUGUCGAUCAACUCACUAAUUGAUGGAAAUUUUUGUCCUAAAUAGAUGUUUAGGAUUUUGUGGGAGAAUAUUUUUGUUCACUUUUUCGUAGCUUUGCUUGGCUUUUUUUGUGGUUGAUUUUUUAGCAAAAUUUGUUAAAGCAUAUUACAUGACAAUAUCUAUUGUCUUGCCUUCUUUGUAUCUAGCAAAAGUUCCAUUUUUAUACCUUAAGUUUCAGCGUGUGCAACAGCACAAGUGACAAGAACAUUUCAGAAUAGAUCAUCAAGGGGUUUGGACCUAUUUUUAAC